AGCCCGCAGCGCGCAGUCGCAGUCGCAGUCGCGGCGGGGCUGCGGGAUGCAGCCGCCGCUCCGCUGCCUCCGCGGGCCUGAGAGGCCUGAACUGAGGCCUAGUCUGAGGCCUACACCGAGGCCUAGUCUGAGGCCUACACUGAGGCCUAGUCUGAGGCCUGAAGUGAGGCCUACACUGAGGCCUGCCCACGGCCAUGGGUUGGCAGGCUGAACGCGAUAAGGUGGUGAUCAACGUGGGAGGGGUGAGACACGAGACGUACCGGAGCACGUUACAGACGUUACCGGGGACUCGCUUGGCCUGUCUGGCCGAACCCGGAGCCGCUUCUCGCUUCGAUUACGAUUCGGUGGCCGGGGAGUUUUUCUUCGACCGCCACCCGGGGGUCUUCGCUUAUGUGCUCAACUACUACCGCACCGGCAAGCUGCACUGCCCGGCCGACGUGUGCGGGCCCCUGUUCGAGGAGGAGCUGGCCUUCUGGGGCAUCGAUGAGACCGAUGUGGAGCCCUGCUGCUGGAUGACCUACCGGCAGCACCGUGACGCCGAAGAGGCCUUGGAUAGUUUCGAAAGCCCCGAAACCAACGAUGGAGGAGAUGGAGGGAACGGGGACGGUAACGGGACCGAGCUGAAGAGGUUGUGCCUGGACGAAGGGAGGCCCGGGGGGUGGUGGAGGAGGUGGAGGCCCAGGGUGUGGGCGCUGUUCGAGGACCCCUAUUCGUCCAGGAUGGCCAGGUACGUAGCCUUCGCCUCCCUCUUCUUCAUCCUCAUCUCCAUCACCACCUUCUGCCUGGAGACCCACGAGGCCUUUAACCGGGUCAUCAACAAAACCGAGUCGAUCCCGGUGGGUAAUGGCACCGCGUCCCCCGUUGCCGUAGUGGAGGUGGAGACGGAACCAUUCCUAACCUACGUAGAAGGGACGUGCGUGGUUUGGUUCACCUUCGAGUUCCUGAUGCGGGUCAGUUUUUGCCCCGAUAAAAGGGAUUUUAUCAAGAGCAGUUUGAACAUCAUCGACUUCGUGGCCAUUUUACCCUUUUACCUCGAGGUGGGUUUACGCGGUUUAUCCUCCAAAGCAGCCAAAGACGUUUUGGGUUUUCUCCGCGUCGUUCGUUUCGUUCGCAUCCUUCGUAUCUUUAAACUGACCCGACACUUUGUAGGGUUGAGGGUUUUGGGUCACACCUUAAGGGCGUCCACCAAUGAGUUCCUAUUGCUCGUCAUCUUCUUGGCUUUGGGAGUCCUUAUCUUUGCCACCAUGAUCUAUUACGCCGAGCGGAUCGGAGCCGAGACCUCUGACACCAGCGGGAGCGACCCGACUCACUUUAAGAACAUCCCCAUCGGGUUCUGGUGGGCCGUGGUGACGAUGACGACGCUGGGCUAUGGGGAUAUGUACCCUAUGACUUGGUCUGGGAUGUUGGUGGGGGCUCUGUGUGCCCUGGCGGGGGUCCUCACUAUCGCCAUGCCCGUCCCCGUUAUCGUCAAUAACUUUGGCAUGUAUUAUUCCUUGGCCAUGGCCAAGCAGAAGCUGCCCAAGAAGAAGAACAAACACAUCCCGAGACCCCCCCAACCCGGCUCGCCUGGUUACGGCCCCCCAACAACAACGGGGUCACCGGCAGCCCCCAAC